AUGCCACCCAAGAGCAGCCGAAGAGUGAAAUCUCAGCCCGGAAAUUACAACAAUGACGAAGGGAGCGCAAGCGCAGCAGCAUCUGGCAGCAAUGAUGCUUCGGGUGGACGGAGAUCUACCCCUCGAGGGAAGGGGAAGGCGAAAUCUACGGAACCUGGAAGCAGAAGUGCGGUGCCGGAUGUAUAUAAGGAAAUGCUAGCAGAGGCCCUUCCUACGCAGGCAAGCAUAUCGGAGAGGCCUUUGAAAAGAAGAAGGACUGGGAAGCGGAGUUCCUUGGAGGUGGCCGUCAGUCAAAAGGGUGAAACAAACCAGGACGUUGACCUUGACCAAGAUAAAGAUUUAGAAUUCGAAGACGUUGGUCUACAUCAUUCCGAAGCGUACCUUUCCAGCCCGGAGAAGAAGCAACAGACAGCAUACAGAGACUCGGACGACGAAUCCGACGACGAAGGGUCGGAAUGGGAUGGAGUUGAUUUUGGCAAACUUCCGACAGAAGAAGGAACCAGCGGCGACCUAGAACUUACUCUCAACAUAAAUACAUCUCCCACACAGGCUACUACUUUCCGUAGAAGAGUUGUUUCAAAGGAGGAAAAGAACACGCGACUGGAACUUCAUAGAAUGCAUGUCUUAUGUCUUCUUUCACAUGUGGCCAGUAGGAAUACAUGGUGCAAUGACCCUGAAAUCCACAAGACUCUCAAGUCUCUACUAGAAAAAAAGGUCUUGGCUGAUCUACAUCCAAAGGCAGACCUCUCUCAAUUCGCAAAGACAGAAUUUCUCAAAAGAGGCCUGGAAAAAGUCAAUCGAACGUGGAAAGCAAACUUUAGUAUCACGGCAAGAGGCCAGCGAAGAGCGCUUUGGGCUGAUGAUGAGCUAGAUCUCACAAAUUACAAGCUUCCAGACGAUGUUGAGAUCGUCCUGAGAAAACAUGAUUUUAAGAAUGCUGCCAAAAAUCUUAAGGGAUCGAGAGAUAUGGGCGCACAGCUAUACUGCGCUUUGCUUCGGAGUGCUGGCUUGGAUGUUCGGCUUGUAUGUUCUCUUCAGCCAUUAUCUUUCAAUGCGGGAGGCCCCUCAAUGCCUAAGAGCUUUGUUUCGCCGUCCAAACCAGCCUUUGCAGACAGCGAUCACAUGGUGAGCAACCCAGCGACCAUUGACUCAGCUGGUCAUUUCCAACCACCGAGGGAGAUUGGAACCAGUGUUGCCGGAAUGUUUUCGAACCCUCGGCGGAGAUUGGGGCAUCCAAAUGCUGCAGACUAUGAGCUACCGCAGUUCAGCGCACCAGCGCAAUCCCCGGUGAGGCUGAAGAAGAAGCCAAUAAUUGAAUCCCCAUACCCAGUGUUCUGGGUUGAGGUUCUUGAUGAGGCACAUCAGAUGUGGCUUCCCGUUGAUCCCUUGGUCACAGAGACUAUCGCUAAAGCUCGCGCAUUUGAGCCUCCAAUGUCGGACCGAGAAAAUAGCAUGUCAUAUGUCAUUGCAUUUGAAGAUGGUGGUAACGCACGAGAUGUGACCAAGAGAUACACCAAAACUUUCAACGCGAAAACGAGAAGAAACAGAAUUGAAUUUACUCAUAAGGGUGAAAAGUGGUGGCGACGAACAAUGAAACACUACCAGCGAGGAUGGAAAAGCGAUUUAGACCAAAUAGAAGAUAUUGAGCUUUCCAAAUUGGAAGCACGGGAGCCAAUGCCAAAAAACAUAAGCGACUUCAAAGACCAUCCAGUGUAUGCUCUAGAGAGACACUUGAAACGAAAUGAGGUAUUAGUCGCUACUCAGGCAAUUGGAAAAGUGGCUGCGGGUCGUGACUCGAAAGUGCCUGGUGGCAAAAAGAUGGAAAGUGUCUACAGAAGGCGCGACGUCAAGAUAGCAAGGAGUGGCGAUGCUUGGUAUCGACUUGGGAGGGACAUCAAAAUGGGAGAGCAGCCAGUCAAGACAGUUGCUGCAAAGCGUCGGCCAGAUGAAAUGCAUAUUACUGACGAACACGAUGAGCGCCCAGGUACCAAUCUCUACACAGAAGACCAAACUGAGAUAUACGAGGCUCCACCGGUAGUCAACGGUCGUGUGCCUAAGAACUCGUUCGGAAAUAUCGACAUUUAUGUACCAAGUAUGGUUCCCAAAGGUGGCGUUCAUCUACAUCACGAUCAAUCUGCUCGUGCCGCUCGACUUUUGGGCAUAGACUAUGCCGAAGCACUCACUGGUUUCGACUUUAGGGGCCGUCAUGGUACAGCUGUUUUGAAAGGCGUUGUCGUUGCGGCCGAAUAUCAAGAAGCUGUAGAAGCGAUUAUAGCCGGCUUCAGAUACGAACGUGAACGCGAACGGGAGUACGAACGUGAGAUGAAGGUUCUCAACAUGUGGCGUCGAUUUGUCGUUGGGAUCCGGAUCAAGAAUCGUGUUGAUGCCUACGCUUCUGACGGUGAAGCCAACGAUGAAAAUCUGUCAGGACCGUCCUCGCACGGUGGCUAUGACAAUGGCAAUGCUGUCGCGGAUGAUAAGGAAUAUAUCGACGAUAGCGAAGAAGGCGGAGGCUUCUUUCCUGAAUGA